AUGAGACCUCAGCUGGUUGCUGCACUUGCUUUCGCACUUGGCCCAUGCGCUCUCGCUGAUUCAAAGCAAAAUGCCAAGUGGACGGAUGUCAAGCCUCAUGGGAAGGAUAAAGAUGAUGCUCCUUAUUUGGUGAAAGCACUCAAGGAUUGGCAUGCCUAUGGUGAUCAUCAGUCCAAUGCCCGGGUCCGUGUUCCCAAAGGCACAACCUUGAACAUUGCCACUGCAAUGAAUACAACUGGUCUAUUUGGGACUCACCUUCGGCUUGAAGGUACUCUGCGUGUGAAGCCCGACUUCGCCUACUGGGCAGGGAAUGCUUUUGUAGUGCCCUAUCAGAAGAACUCAGCGAUUUGGCUAUUUGGUGGAGAAAAUAUCGUUCUAGAUGGUGGAGGAACGAUUGAUGGCUCUGGGCAGAGUUGGUGGGAUGCCCGGCCUAGUAAUGUAUCCUUGAUCCCACCUUUGACACUGGUAGUUCACCAAGCACAUAAUGCCCGUAUCAGUAACAUCACGUUUUACAAAACUCCCAAAUGGGCGAAUCUUGUUCAAGAGUCCAGCGAUGUUGUUUAUGAAUACAUCACUGUUAACUCUGUCUCGAACUCGACUGCAGACAUGCGGGAGACAGAUGGUUGGGACACGUACCGCUCAGAUGGCAUCACCAUCCGAGACUCGGUGAUUCAUAAUGGAGAUGAUUGCGUCAGUUUUAAGCCAAAUAGUACGAAUAUCGUUGUUCGAAACCUUCAGUGUACAGAAUCACAUGGUAUAUCCGUGGGGUCUCUUGGUGAAAUCCCGGGAGUUCAAGAUAUAGUUCGUAACAUCUAUGUUGAUAACAUCUGGAUGAGCAAGUCUGAAAACGGUACCUUUGCGGGCCAGAACAGGGGCUACGGAGUUGUUGACAAUGUCAUUUACACAAACUUCCAUAACAUCGACAACGACUACCCUAUCACAAUCGACAACUGUUACAAAACAAGUGUGGCAAACUGUACUGCUUAUCCUUCUGGUAUCAAAAUCAACAAUGUCUUCCUACGGAACAUAACCGGGACUUCGAGCGGAAAAUACAACUCUACAGUUGCGUCGCUGGUUUGCAGCCCAGGAGCCUGUGGGUCCGUGUAUCUCCAAGACAUAAACAUAUCUCCCCCUCUCAAUUACAGCGCGGCCUCUUACACAUGCUUGAACUUGAACGUUACGGGACCUUCAGCUGGUCUCUUCAACUGCACCACCGGAGAUGUCAUUGGAAGUCCAUACCCCCCUGCAUGA